AUGAAAUCCAUAUUGGGGCUUGCAUUCAGCUGGUCUAGUUCUGAGGCCCUGAAGAUCAAAGAGAGUUCCCAGGCCCACUGGGGUCCCCAGUCCCACUGGAGCCCCCAGUCUCCCUGGAACCCCCAAUCCCACAGGAGCCCCCAGUCCCACUGGAACCCUCAGUCCCCCUGGAACCCUCAGUCCUACUGGAGCCCCCCAGUCCCACUGGAACUCCCAGUCCCAUUGGAACCCCCAGUCCCUCUGGAGCCCUCAAUCCCACUGGAACCCCCAGUGCCCCUGGAGCCCCCAGUCCCACAGGAGCCCCCAGUCCCACUGGAACCCCCAGUCCCACAGGAGCCCCCAGUCCCACUGGAACCCCCAGUCCCACUGGAGCCCCCAGCCCCACUGGAGCCCCCAGUCCCACUGGAACCCCCAGUGCCCCUGGAGCCCCCAGUCCCACUGGAAUGA